ACCAACACUAAAAAAAUCAACAAAAAACCAAUUAUUUAUUGUCUUACAUCAGCCAUCUUUACUUUCUGUACUUGUAUUCUCAUCAAACUUCAAUCUUAAAAAUUGAAUCUUUCCUUCUUUACCAAGGAUCUUGAUCUGCUGUGGGAUUCCCUUGGGGGUUUAUGGUGGGGCUUCUUAGAUUGUAAGGAAUAUCUUGAACAAAUAACAAAGCAGCAGUCUUGUAUAAAAAGGUUUCAACAACAUUGGAGACAAAAGAAACUCAGGGAUGAUUACAAGAUAUACACCGCAGAGUAUAAACAACAAAUCUUUCGCCUUUUAAAACAGAAGUUGUGGUAGUUAGAUUAAAGAUUAACGAUGGAUGAAAACGAUUUCACGCUCGAAAAUUCACCCGAUGCACUCAUGGAUUUCGAUUACAUGGAUGAACUCUUGUUAGAUGGAUGUUGGUUACAAGCAACCGAUGGAUCCGAAAUGUUGAACGAUAAUCCUUCUGCUUCCAACCCGUUGUUCGACCCUUCGUUUCAAUGGCCCAAAUUUGAAUCCAAUACCGAAAAACCGGAGUCAAAUGACCCCGACCGCAAUUCGCCGAAAUCCCAAGUCAGAACUCUUGUUAACUUACCGAAUCCGUCUGAAAAUCUUUCUGAAUUAAGCAACCAAUGGUGGAUUGCACCGGUGGCAAGCUCUGGCCCUUCGUUAUCUGUAAUGGAACGAUUGGUUCAUGCAAUCGAUAACAUAAGACAUUACACGGUUGACAAGAACGUACUUGUUCAAGUAUGGCUGCCCGAAAUCAGAGACGGAAAGAAAGUUUUAAGUACGAGUCAACGGCUUUUCUCGCUUGAGUUCAACUGCCCGCGGCUUUCUAAGUAUAGAAACAUAUCGGAAGGUUAUCAUUUUCCUGCCGAAGGGGAUCCUAAAGAUAGCGUUGGGUUGCCCGGAAGGGUAUUUAUGGAAAAAGUCCCCGAGUGGACUCCUGAUGUUCGGCUUUUUAAGGUUGAAGAGUAUCCAAGAGUGUCUCAUGCUAAAAGACAUGAUGUUCGUGGGAGUCUCGCGGUCCCGGUUUUCGGUCAAGAUCUUAAGGAUUGCAUUGGUGUUGUUGAAGUUAUCAUGACUACUCAGAAGACUAAUUACACUUUAGAGAUUCAAAGUGUUUGUAAGGCUCUUGAGGCAGUUGAUCUCAAGAGUUCCGACGAUUCGAACACACAGAAAAUCAUGGUAAGCAACGGCUUCUAUCAUCCUGCAUUGCCGGAGAUUUAUGAAACACUGAAAUCUGCAUGCAUAAUGCAUGAUCUACCAUUAGCUCAGACAUGGAUCCCAUGCAUCCAACAAGGCGGCAAAGCAGGCUGCCGCCACUCAAACGAAAACUUGAUCCACUGCAUCUCCACCGUUGAUUCCGCUUCCUACGUAUCUUACCCUCGGUUUAAAGAUUUCCAAGAAGCUUGUUCCGAGCAUCACUUGUUUAUCGGUCAAGGUGUCGUAGGCAAAGCUUUCAAAUCUAAUGAGCUGUUCUGUUACUCGCCUGAUGUGACAUCAUACAUGAAAACCGAAUAUCCGCUUGCUCAUCAUGCUAGAAUCUUUGACCUGCAUGCUGCUGUGGCUGUACGGGUCAGAACAACAUAUGCUGACAUGGUUGACUUUGUGUUGGAGUUUUUCUUGCCUGUUGACUGCAAGGAUCGCGAAGAACAACAAAGGGUGAUUAAUUCGCUGUUGGAUAAUAUACAAAAGGUUUGCAAAAGCUUGAGGAUCGUUGCAGAGAUGGAGUUGCCGGAAAAUGGCGUUAAUGAUGGGUUACUUGCUGUUUCUGAUACAGGAUCAGUUGCAAAAGUUCGAGAAAUAGAUGGUUAUGGUCAUGGUCAUGGUCCGGGCACUGGGUCGGGCUCGGGCUCAAAUUCGGGUUCAGGCGUUGAGAAACGACGUGCUGGUGCCAAACUGGAGAAAACAAUUACUUUAGAAAUGCUAAGGCAGCAUUUUGCUGGCAGCCUGAAAGAUGCCGCCAAGAAUAUGGGUGUUUGUCCGACGACUUUGAAACGGAUAUGCAGACAACACGGGAUUCAACGGUGGCCAUCUCGGAAGAUCAAGAAAGUCGGACACUCGUUAAGAAAGAUUCAACUUGUAAUGGACUCGGUGCAUGGUGGGUCGGGCUCGUUUCAGAUCGAGUCUUUCUAUUCAAACUUUCCAAAGCUCGCUUCUCCGGACACGUCAAAAAAGACUCGUCUCUCGUUCCCGGCUACAAAGAACAAAACUAUCGACGAUAAGGCCACUUCAUGCAGCCAGAGUUCGAGUUCCAGUCAUUCUUUCUCCGGUGGGACUCACAGUGUUCCAACCGUUGAUCAAGAUACAAGUGGCGGUGCUCUAAAAAGAGCCAAAAGCGCUGCAGCGAUUCACACAUCUCAUGCAUCAAGCGAUCAAAAUCAAGAUCAAGAUCAGGAACCAAAGAUCUUUAAACGAUCCCAUAGUCAUAAACUACUUGAAGAGAGUCAAGAUCGUCCCCCUAAACCGCGUGUUAAACCAGAAGGCCAUCCUUGGAGGGUCAAGGUAACUUUUGGCGAAGAAAAGAUCCGUUUUCGGAUGCAAAAAGAUUGGGGUUACAAAGAAUUGAUGCAAGAAACCGCGAAAAGGUUUAGCUUGAAUGAUACCAGUGGGUAUCACCUAAGGUACCUCGAUGAUGAUUCCGAAUGGGUCUUACUAACGUGUGAUGCCGAUGUAGAAGAGUGUCUCGAUGUGUAUCAAUCAUAUAAAACCGGGACCAUUCGGCUAGCUCUACGCGAGCCACCAAUUCGUAUUGGCAGUAGUUUAGGUAGUAACGCACCCUUGUAAAAGGGUGACCCUGGUGCACCAUCAUUCACCACGGUUCUCGACUUUCCAAACAGUUAGGUCGAUGGUCGUGACAUCUGGUGCACCCACGGUUUCAGGUUUUAGGAAGUUGGUGCACAAAGUUUCGGUAUGCGGCUUUUACUUUGCAUAUGUGAAGAUUGUGCCCCUGUGAUGCUUGUAGGAUUUUGUGGCUGAUGCAUUGUGUUGUUGUAGUGUAUGUAUUUUAAGGUUGUAUUGUAUGCAUUGUUGGGUUGUACCGUAUGACGAGUCGAAAACAGUUAUGAAUUUGAGAAAAUGCAGGGUUUUGCUGGAACUGAUGCUGUUAUUUUUAGUUGCAGCAAGUCAAUAAGUAGAAGGUUUGUAUGAUGUAUGAAACAUUGAAAUGUUUAGUAGAUUGUAGAUAAUAAAGGUACAACUCGCAAUGCAUAGCGUAUAAGUUGUUAUCGCGUGUGGUGUAAGCUACUAUUGUGUGUUAUACUAAUCAUCUCCCAUUGUUUA